AUGGCUGAAUCAUCGAGCGCCGCCGCCGCAGCAGCCUCAAAGGCCAAACGGCCUCGUGAAGACGGCGAAGCCAUCAAAAGCCGCCUCCUCGACCAGCAAUUCCACAUCGGCCGCUAUGCAGACCCCUUGGUUCCACGAAAGACGUCAGACGUUCAGUUCUGGCCAAAGGACGUGACGCCAGAGAUGGAGAAGAAGUGGCUGGAGAUUAUCGAGCAGCAUCGCGCGUAA